AUGGACCCCAGGCUUCUUGAAACAAUUGCAGGAAAUGAUGCUUUGGCUUUAACCAGUUUGGUUCGGGAGAAUGAAGGCAUUCUUGAACAAAGAACUGCCAACUCACUGAACACAGCUUUACACCUUGCUUUGAGGUUUGGAAGCAACAAUUUGGUGAUGGAAAUCAUUAAGUUACAACCAAAUUUGGUGGCAACGGAGAACAGGAAGCUAGAAACUCCCCCGCAUGAAGCUUGUCGUGCGGGAAAUGCUGAGGCAGUGAUGCUGCUGUUAGAGAGCAACCCGUGGGUAGCAUGCAAUUUGAACUGUGAAAAUCAAAGUCCAUUAUUCAUUGCUUGCAGCAAUGGGCGUCUCAAUGUGAUAAAGCUGCUUUUGAAUCAACGCUGGUUGCAAGGACUAGAAGAUGAUGCUGAUCAAACUUCUGCUCAUGAGGCUGCAUCAAAAGGAAAUGGACGUUCACCUCUGCACUAUGCUUGCAGUAAAGGGCACUUGGAUAUAACCAAAAUGCUUCUAAAGCCUGAUCUGGAUCUUGUUCAGCUCGAUAGCAAUGGUUAUACGCCAUUGCACUUGGCAGCUAUGAACGAUGAUGUUGGAAUUCUUAGAGCAUUGGUGUCAAUUGCCCCCACAUCUGUUCACUGUCUCACAGAAGAUGGAGAAACUGUGUUUCAUCUUACUGUAAAGUUCAAUCGAUAUAAUGCCUUUGUAUUCUUGGCAGUGGUUUUCAGUGAGACCAAUCUCUUCAACCGACCAGACUCGCAUGGGAACACAAUCUUGCAUGUAGCUAUCUCCCAAGGACAUUAUCACCUGGCAGACUACAUCAUGAAUAUAGCAAGACUGGAUCAGCAGCUGUCCCCGAUGCUCUAA